AUGAUUAUGAUUAUAGGCGCUGACUACGAGUGCGAGAUGAUCGGCUUCAUUGUGGGCCACACCGAUGAUGUUGAGGACGCCGACAACGUGGAUGAGCGACACAUGUUCUCUGAACUCCAUGAGCUGGACCCAUCUAAACUUGGGCAUGAUUUCUUAGGAUGGACCUCGAUGUACGAUGGCAAGCCGAUCGACCGCGCGGAAAUGUGCGAAUGGCUUGAUGAUACCAUUGCGACGAUCGUCGACGACCGGCCCCUGGGUCAUGUCCUGGAGAUUGGUACUGGAACUGGCAUGGUGCUGUUCAAUCUUCCAGACCAGCUCGAGAGUUAUGUCGGCAUCGAGCCUUCACAAUCCGCAGCCACAUUCGUCACACGCAUGGCCAAUGCCAUACCACAUCUCGCUGGCAGAACCACUGUACAUGUGGGCAGCGCUUCGGAUGUUGGUAAGCUCGACGGACUGAGGCCUGAUGUGGUGGUCAUCAACUCUGUGGCCCAGUAUUUCCCGUCUCGUGAUUAUCUGGAAAACGUCGUGCACACGCUGACGCAGCUUCCGGGCGUCUCUCGACUUGUCUUUGGAGAUUUACGAUCUGGAGCAACUGGGAACAGCUGCGGGCUUCCGGACGGAGGUCAGUUGGGCUCGACAGCACUCACAACAGGGCGCCUUCGACGUGGUCUUCCAUCGACAUCGAUCCUCUUACGGGGACAAAUCUCGAGUACUCUUCCACUUUCCUACAGAGCCCCCGGCGACCAUCUCAAACAUGGCAAGAUCAAGGACUCGGUGCGUGAGCACUUACAAUCCAAGCUGCCAUCCUAUAUGGUGCCCACUGCCUUCGUUGUGAUGGAUGCACUUCCUCUCAAUGCAAAUGGAAAAGUCGAUCACGCUACUGCCCGGACAUACUGCGACUACAAAUACCAUCUUCCGGCCAUUCGCCGCUGUUUUGGGAAUGCACCCUCAUUCUACUCCGGCGCCUGCCAGGGGCAGAAUCCAUCAUCGCUGAUCGAUCCCCUUCCCAUCCAAUACUGCGAUUUUCUGGACGGCACAAGGAACGGGAAUACUGGACUCGUCUCAUUGCAGACAGUCGUCCGGCGGAAUUGCCGACAGACUACAACCGACCGCGAGUUCCAACUGGCGACGCGGAUACGUACGAAUUUGCAAGGCGUGGAAGCAGAGACAAUCAAGCCUGUGAACCCGACGACACGCUUUGAUCUUGAACUCCAUAUCAAUCAUGCUGGGCAGAGGCUUGAGGGGACUGUGCUUUACGCCCGAGCAUUGUAUCACGCUCGCACAAUCAGCUCACUGUGCUCCAUCUUCCAGGAGCUCCUCCGCCGCGGGUUGAGGGAACCGCACGUCCACGUGCACGCCCUUGAGCUAUCCGAUGGUGUUGCAUAUAACCACAAGCAAGAGUUCUUCAACAUCGAGUAUACCGACUUUCCCUGUGAUGCCAGUGUUGUUGAGCUGUUCCGCGAACAAGCGAUCAGACAGCCAGAUGCAAUGGCAGUCCGGCACGACUCGGGCUGGCUCAGCUAUGCGCAGCUUGACCGUUUGUCCGAAAAGCUCUCCAGAUGGCUGCUUUCUCGUCAUCCCACCCCAAGCGGGCUCGUUGCUGUUCAUAUGCCUCGAUCUUGCGAAGCGAUCGUCGCAUUCAUGGGCAUCAUGAAGGCGGGAUUGGCGUAUCUGCCUCUGGACGUCAACGCUCCGGUCGGUCGAACUCGGAAGAUUCUCUCGCUGGCGCCAGUGUGUAAACUGGUGCUCAUCUCGAACGAGCUCUUGCCAGAAUCAGCGUUAUGCCGCGCAGAACCACCUGCCAAUGUCCACUUCGCCGAUAUUGCAGACGCUCUGGCCACACACGAGCGCAUCGAUGUGACUACGGCACCAGUAGAGAUCAGAGCGACUGAUCUGGCGUAUUGCAUCUUUACGUCUGGCAGCCAUACGCCUAUAAUCACAAUCAUAGUCAAUAAUAAAGCAAAAUAA